GGCAAGGAGCUGCGCGGCCACUCGGGACACAGCGGCGCAUGGCGCAGGCCCCGUGCCUCACACCCUGGCUAUGUGUAGUUCUGAGGAAGCAGACCUGCUUCGGCUGGAGGAAGUCUUCUCAACUACCCUUGCCCGCACCAACAGUCUCAUUCUCCAGCCGCUGCUCUUAGCUGACCCAGAACCUUCAGACCCCUGCGGCAGAGAGUGCCUUCGACUUCUGCAGCAGCUGCAUGAAAGUACCCAGCGGUUAUGGGAGGUGACGGAACAAAGCCUGCAUUCGCUGCAGCAGAGGCUGUACCACCCGCCCUCCGUGGGUCUGGAGGCCCUGCUGUUGCUGAACAACGCUGACCAUGUCCAACAGGCCCACAUGGAGUACAUCAAAUCCUAUACUGACUGUGUGGUGAUGCAGGCCUUUCAGAAGGUUUCAAAGAAGAGGAGUGACUACUGGAGGAACCAGCUGCGGCAGCUGCUGUCCUGGGCCAGCUCUGAGGGCUCGGUGGGCACCAUGCUGUGCCAGGCCCUCAGCCAGCCACUGACCCAGCACGUGCAGAAAUACGUGAUCCUUCUAUUGCGCCUCAGGAACACCCUUGACGAGCACCACCCAGCCCAGGAGCGGGUGAUGCAUGCAGUCACUCUGUUUGGGAACCUGCAGUCCUUCAUGAGGCAGGCCUUGGACCAAGCUGUGACCACACAGGCCCUGUGGCAUAGUCUCAGCAGCCGGGUGAGGGACGUGCUGUGUACCCCUGCCCACCGACUCCUACAGGACAGCCAGGACAUCCCUGUGGUGGUCACCCCACUACGGGCUGAGCGCGUGCUGCUCUUUGAUGAUGUCCUUGUUCUGCUACAGGGCCACAAUAGCCACACUUUUGACCUGAAGUUGGUGUGGGUAGAUUCUGGCCAAGACAAGUGUGUGCUUCGUAUCCUCACACCCGAAGAAGAGUUCUCCCUUUGCACCAGAGACCCCCAGGGCCAGGUUGUCUGGAAGUGGAAAGUGACCCACGCUGUGUGCCAGGCCCUGCGUGGCAAGAAGGACUUCCCUGUGCUGGGGUCAGGCCUGGAGUCAUCUGUACCCCCUGACUGCCGCUGUGUGACCUAUACUUUCCGCCGAGAGGGCCGGCUCUACCAGGCUACCUAUGAGGGUGAUUGGUGUCGGGCCAAGCCCCAUGGCAAGGGAACCCUGAAGUGGCCAGAUGGGCGGAACCACGUGGGGGAUUUCUGCCAGGGCCUGGAGCAUGGCUUUGGCAUCUGCCUGGUACCCCAAGCCUCUGAGGACAAGUUUGACUGUUACAAGUGCCACUGGAGGGAAGGCAGCAUGUGUGACUAUGGCAUCUGUGAGUAUGGCACUGACGAGGUGUACAAGGGCUAUUUUCAGGCUGGCCUUCGGCAUGGAUUUGGUGUCCUUGACAGUGCCCCACAGGCCUCCCAGCCCUUCAGGUACACGGGCCACUGGGAGAGAGGCCAGAGGAGUGGCUAUGGCGUUGAGGACAACAAUGAGAGGGGUGAACGCUACAUUGGCAUGUGGCAGGCUGACCAGCGUCAUGGCCCUGGGGUCGUGGUCACCCAGGCAGGCGUCUGCUAUCAAGGCACAUUCCAAGGGGACAAGAUGGCCGGCCCAGGCGUCCUGCUGUGUGAGGAUGACUCUCUGUACGAGGGUACUUUCACCAGGGACCUGACGCUCCUCGGGAAGGGCAAGGUCACCUUCCCCAAUGGUUUCACCUUGGAUGGCUCCUUCAGCGGUGGGACAGAUAAAGGACUGUACACACAGGGAGUGCUGGACACAGCCGCUCUCCCGCCCAACCCAAGCAGCACACGCAAGAGACAGCUGGGGCUGGGUGUCUUCCCUGUGGAGAGACGCUGGCAAGGAGUCUACAGACCCUUCCAGGACUUCGUGCGUUCAGGCUGUCCUGGGGAACGGCAGGAAGCCCUGCUGGGCUUCCACGUGCAGAGCUCCAGGGAGCUCCGCGAAUCCCAGGAGUACCUGUGCUGUGACAGGAGCCACCCCAAGGACUGUGUGGGCAGCAUGGAAGAUAUCCCGAAGGAGCUGCUGCAGCACCGCGAGCCCCAGGCCCUGCAGCAGUACCUCAGGAAGGCUCUGAGCAAUCCCCGACACCCCCUGGGGAGGUUACUCCGUACCCUGAUGCUGACCUUCCAGGCUACAUAUUCAGGCAUAGGAGCCAACAAACACCUACAGGGGAUGGCCCAGGAGGAAGUGAAGCAGCAUGCCCGGGAGCUUUGGGCUGCCUACAGAGGUCUGCUGAAGGUUGCCUUACAGCGCCAGGGCCAAACCCUACAGGAGGAGGACGUAGAGACAAGGGACUUGCAGGUGCAUGGGCUGCUGCUGCCCCUCAUCUUGCCCAGCUUUUACUCAGAACUCUUCACACUCUACCUGCUUCUUCAUGAGAGAGAGGACGGCUUGUACAGCCAGGGCAUCACCAACCUCAGCCUGUUUCCCGACACAAAGCUGCUGGAGUUCCUGGAUGUGCAGAAGCACCUGUGGCCCCUCAAGGACCUCUGGCUGACCAGCAAUCAGAGAUAUUCUCUUGUCCGGGACAAGUGUUUCCUGUCAGCCACGGAGUGUCUGCAGAAGAUCAUCACCACAGUGGACCCACGCGAGAAGCUGGAGGUGCUGGAGAAGACCUAUGGGGAAAUUGAGACCACGGUGUCGCGGGUGCUGGGCCGGGAAUACAAACUCCCCAUGGAUGACCUCCUGCCUCUGCUUAUCUAUGUGGUAUCACGAGCUCGAAUUCAGCAUCUGGGAGCUGAGAUCCACCUGAUCCGCGACAUGAUGGAUCCCAUCCACACAGGGGGCCUCCAUGACUUCCUGCUCACAGCUUUGGAGUCCUGUUACGAGCACAUCCAGAAGGAAGACGUGCGGCUGCACCGCCUGCCUGGCCACUGGAACUCUAGGGAACUCUGGUGACAUGGCCACUCUGCAUGUGCAAAGCUAGGGGCCACAUGGCUGACGUGGACUUCGGUGGAACAAGCACUACCUACCUGCCCCCCCCCAUUGCCUGGGUCAAGGCAGGCUGUAGAGAUGGUGUUUUGCUUCCUACAGGGACACACUUAGCUGCUGCAGUAUGACCCCACAGGUGAUAGCUCUCUGUUGGCCUCUGGUCUGAGCUUUGAUCAUCUUGUCCCCGGAUGUAGCACCAUCUUGGGUGAGAGCCCCAGCUUCACCCUGCCCCCACCCUUGCUCAGGAGCUGUCAGUCUUCGGACUGCGUGCCUAUGAUGGUGGAGAUGACUUCCAGCAUUCUGUCAGGCCAGUUCACUGAGCGCUGCAGCCGUUCCCCAAGGUCUGGCUUCAUACCGUUGUUUGGACUGAAAUGGAAAUUCUCACGUUACUGUUCAUCUCAUUUCUGUUUCUCUGACCCUGGCUAGAAGGUCCCAAGAUGCAGAAGGCUGUCUGUGCUGUUCCUUUUCCCAUGAGUCCUCAGGGACUGGGGACCUGCCUCCUCAGCUGGGCUUCAGGCUUCAGCUGGCCUUGCAGGAGGACCCUGUGGCAGGAACACCUCAGCUCUGUGCCAAGCUGCCUAGUUGCCUCUGGCAGGCCCUGCUCUUGGCAAAGGCAUGGGACGUAGAUGUCAGCAGUCACUCACCUGGCCUCGCUUGCCAGCAGACU